AUGUCAUUACCACAACUUCCAUCAAGUUCAAAUUCAUCGACAACGCCUGAACAUCAAUUUAAUUCUUUAAAAGAUGUCCAUAAUGUUGUUCAGUCAAUCUUGUUAAAGCUUGCUGAACAGCAUCAAUACACAAAUCCUGCCGUUGUUCAAGAAGAAUUACUUCAGAAAUAUCCAAAUGUUCAAGAAUACCUUAAGAGAGCAAAGCUUAAUGUGGGGAAUAUUCCACGUCUUAAUGAGCAUUCAAGAUUAAUACAACAUGUUAACUUGAAAAUACUAGUGUAUGCGCUAUUGAGUGAUGUUUUGACUUUAGAGGAUAUUUCAAGACUUAUACGUGAAGUAUCACCAAAUGAUUACCACCUUCUUGGACCAGUUACAAAGUUACCAGUUGUAUUAAAAAUAUUUAAAGUCAAACAGUUUGCUGAAUGUGUAGAAAAUAGUUUCACUGUAUUAAAAUGCAAAGAAAGUCAUAAAAAUAUGAGAAUGUCUGCUAGCGAUAUUUACAGAGAAUUCGCUUGUCGUAAACCUGAUGUUCGUAAACCUGGUCGUCGUAAACGUGCUCGUCGUUCAGAGAAACAAAAGAAAUCAUCAUUUAUGAAAUAUAUGCAAGACUUAUUUGGUGAAGACGUAUCUUCUCAAAAUAAAAAGGAUAGAUUUGAGUCAUUGUUUAAGUUUGGGAUUAGAAUUAAACGAAUUUCUCAGCCUAAAGCUCUUCAAAAGAAGAAACAACAAGAAAAUAUUCUUCGUGUAUCAACAGCAGCCCAAGAAAAGAUAAGAAAUAGAAUAAACGAAAUAUGGAGUACAAUUCAAGAUUGCUCAAAGAAAACUUACUUAGGCCGUUGUUAUCCAAGAAAACCAAAUAUUAUUCUAAAAGGUUUAAAGAAACUUACGCUAAGACUGCAUGCUGUACUGACAAAUAUGAAUAAUUUGAAUAUCCUGUUAUUUUCUGAGUUUAUUGAUAAUGUUGUUCCCCUUGAGGCAUUAUGUAGAAUAUUUUGUAUGCUGAUUAUGGUUUGUGAUACAAGUUCAUUGAAGCUAACAGAUUUAGUCAGCCAGCUUUUAUCGUCUAUUCAUACUUCUUCAUCAUCAUCAUCGAAUGUAAUUGAUUUGACCGGUGAUUCAGAUAAUGGCGAUGAUAAUCAUAAAGACUGUACUGAUGAUACUUCUGAAUUGACAUUGAUUACAAAUCGAGUCAACCAAUUAUUGCAUGAAUAUAUUGAACAGGAGAUGCAAAGUAGUAAAAGUAUUUGGACAUUACUUGCUACCUUGGAAGAAGAAUUAUUGGGAAACAAUGAUGGUGCUAAUAAAGAAAAUAAUAAGAAACAACCCGUCAUUAAAACUCUAUUAAGUUAUUUAUCUGAAGCAGUAGACAAGAAUAUGUUGGUACACGCAUCAAAUAUUCACAGUGAAGGGAACUUAUAUCAAUAUGAAAAAGAGAUUAAUAAUUUGUCCACUGAAGUCGAUGAAAUGCAUUCAAUAGAAAACUUUAAUCCUCAUAUAAUUUUACAAUUUAUACAGAAAUUAAGCUGUAUUUCACUACGAAGCAAAGAUGAAGUAUGCAAACUUGUGUGUGAAAAUCUACAGGAUAUUAUCCCUUCUACAAAAUUAGAUAAUUUCAUCACAUCUAUUUUACCUAAACUAAUCACUAGUGAUGAGUUAAACAGGCAUCAACAGAAGGCGUUAAUUUAUCAUGAUUUUAUCAAUUUGCAGGGUAUUUUCAUAAAUCCCCAUCAAUCGAUUGAUUACCAAUCGACAUCGUCGUCAUCGUGUGAUGUUAUUUCUUCUCAUUUGUUAACUCAACGAGACUGCGUACUCCAACUAUUGUCAGCAUGUCCUUCAUUAGAAGAUCUGAAAGUAUGGUGUCAAUGGUGUCAACUGAACGGUUUACUCUUAGAUCGUUGGGGCACUUUGGAAUCAUUUCUCAACGAAUGUGGCACAGAUCAAGUUUGUAAUCAAUUUAAUCUAUUUGCUAUCCGUCUGUUACCACCAUAUGGUUCUGCUGGUGUUGAAAGUGGUGGCCAACUGUUACGCCUUACUGCGCAUCCUUCACCGGACGAUGUGUCAUAUGCAUUUAAACAAUGGCAGUUGAAUUGCACUCAACCGGCGAUUAAUCUCCUGUGUGAUUAUCUAAUUGGUACUGCAAUCAAUGCUAACAGUUUGUCUGUUGAACAAGUUUGUUCAAUUCUUAAAGAGAAUCUGACUACUAGUACUACUGCUGACACAGAUUCAGAUCAGUGGAUUUACUUAGUUCACUGUCUUUUGAUCAGUCUACCGUUUAGUUUGUCUGGAUUAGUAUUUUCAUCUAUAAUCAUUCCAACUUUAGAAUUAGCCAAUAUAAGAUCAGCUCAGUCGUGGCCGUUAGAUAAUGCUGAUAUAUCAUUGAAGAAUUCACCAUCAUCUGCUUAUAGUCUUUUACAAAUUCUCUUUGAUGAUAUUCUUCUACCAGUGUCAAAGCGUUUCACUUUAUCGUCAUUGUCAUCACCGUCACUGGAUCGACAAACUCAGGAAAUCCUACUAAUCUCAGCUAUUGGUAAUAUUGGUUAUCAGUUGAAAUGGCCUGCAUAUAUUCAAUGUUUUGAAGAGAAACGUUUUCAAAUUAAUCAUAGCAAAGACGCUGUUAGUGGUAGUAAUGAGUCAUCGUGUCAAAAGACUUUAUUGCGGUCAUCAUCUGAAGAGGGUAGUGUUAAAAACUGUGAAGAAUUAGAUAAUGGAGUGGAUGAUGAGAGUACUGCUAUUACAAAGCAAUGUAUUGCUGACUAUAAUAAAGCGUCAGUAGUGCAUAAGGGGACGCUUGAUACUUUAUCAUCAUCAUCAUCUCCUCGUCAGUUUAUUGAAGAUUUAAGACGUCGAGAAUUUGGCGUGGGUGCUGAUUUGAGCGAAGAAGCUGUGGAUUUACUACAGAGAGUUGAAGGAAAAUUAUCCCGAAGUUUAACUCAAUUAUCAGAAGAAAUCUAUGGCUUGCCAGGACACUUUCUACUAGAAUUGAUUCAAAAUGCUGAUGAUAAUACCUAUUCUAAUGAUGGUGAAGGUGGCGAUGGUGAUGAUGAGAUGCCACCCACACUGGAGUUUCACUUGUCAUCCAAUCAUAGUACAGAUAGUAUGGGGAAUAAAAAUUUCUCCCUUUAUGUUAUGAAUAAUGAGUCUGUUGGAUUUACACAAUCCGAUAUUGCUGCUUUAUGCGAUAUUGGUCAGAGUACAAAAUUAACUCAACGUGAUAUGAAAAUAGGUCGUAAAGGGAUAGGUUUCAAGUCUGUGUUCAACAUAACUGACACUGCUGAAGUACAUUCAAAUGGUUUUCAUAUUCGUUUUCGACGUCAAAAUACUGACAACCAACAUCAACAACAACAAUCUAUUCUACAGAAACCUUUACUGUUACUUCCUGAAUGGUGUGAAGAAUAUGAAGCAUCUGAUAAGAUGAUGAAUAGUGAAAUACCAUCUUGGUGUCGAACAUUAUUUAUCCUUCCAUUAUCUCAAAGAAUCACGUAUAAUUCACUUAUUCAAUCUCCAGCACUUCAACUUAUUCAGCUAAUUCAAACCACAUUAAAGCCAAAUUUAUUACUUUUCUUAAGACGUCUUCGUUGUCUUACCUUUUCAUCCGAUGAACCAAAUAUAUAUUGGAGUGUAAAACGUACUUGUAAAACAUGGGCUCUGUCUUUAUCUAGCACUGCCAAGUGUUAUGCAGAAUUAAUUACUGUCUCUGAAACUGAACGUCAUUCAUCUAUGGAAAAGCAAAAGACCACUCUGCACAAAUGGUUCUGUUUUAAAGAAUCAAUUCCAGUUGAUGAUGAUAUAAAAGAUCCUAAAAAGAAUCUUCCUAGAGAAACAGCAAUAUCUAUUGCAAUAUCAUUAACAGAUUCAGAACCUCUUCAGUCAUGUCCAAUUUUUGCCUAUCUACCUGUGUUGAGUGUUGGUUUUCGAUUUUGUAUUAACGCCGACUUUGAUUUAACAUCAUCUCGUGAAGAUAUUAAUUCUAAAAGUCUUUGGAAUUGUUGGCUUGUUGAUAAAAUUCCAAACGUGUUUGCAGAUAUGAUUGAAUGUAUUGGAAAGUUACCAUCAUCAUGUUUCAUAACAAGUGAUGAUAAAAAAGCCAGGGCAAGUGAUUUGAAUACUAUGGGUUGUACACGUGUUCAGUUAAUUGGGCGUAUCAUCUCGUGUCUACCGUAUAAUCUAUCAUCGUUUCCAUCUUCUACAUUCAUAAGCAAUAAUGACAUUCAACAGCAGAAAUCGACGACAAUAGCAAAAGGCGAUGUAUUUUCUAAUUUAUCAAAUAAAUUAUUAUUAAAAUUAUCUCAGUUGUCAUGGUUACCAGGUAUUAAACGCUCUGAAAAUAUAUUGGAUCAUGAAAAUGUCAAGUAUGUAUGCGCAUCACAAUUGUUAGUUGUACCUUCGUCGUAUUAUGAAGAAAAUGACAGAGAUAAUAAUAAUACUGUCAAGUCGUCUAAUGCAAACAAAGAUUUAAUACAUCUUUUAAUCGAUAGUCUUCAAGUGUUUGAACCACAUCCAGAUUUAUUUGUGCAGGAACAAUGCACUGAAUCUAUCGAUGACGACAAUGCCUUUAUUUUGCCUACUGAUCAAUGGCAAGAUUAUUCUGUCAUUAAUUAUAUGCGAAUGGAAUCAUUGACUUGUUUGGGAGCACAGUCAAUAUCAACAAGAUCAUUAUUGAAUUUAGCAGCUGUUUUGAAACCUGAUGACAUUGUUCGUCCGGGCUUCUUAGCAGUAUUGAUGUCAGCUUUCGACACGUGUUUAUCCACUCAAAAUGCAUCCGCCUCUUCUUCUGUAUGGAAUUCACAGCCCUUUAAUUCCACAUCGAUAACAAUGUCUAAAUGUCAUCUAGUCAAAGCACUUCAACAUUUGCCUAUAUUUCCUUUAACUAACGGAAAUUGUGUACGCUUGUGCGAUAGACAAACUCACAAUUGGGCUAAUAAUCAACUGCCUCUUCCAAUCCUAUUGCCUCCUCAUCCAUCUGAAAUAGCUUCUGCAUUAAUUGGCAUUACAUAUAACGAAUAUACUGAACUCAUUGAAAAGCUUGGACCGUUGAUAAAACCAAAUUCUGUACACCGUAAUCUUGAACAAUAUCAGCAGCAACCUCAACAAGACAGAAUGAAAGUCGAGUAUUCUUCAUUGCUAAUCAAUAAAUCACCAAAUGGUUGUAACCUACAAAUUGCUUAUCCUCAUGUUGUCUUCAAAGAAUGGAUUCUACCAUAUUUAAAAGUGAUUAAUCAGUUGAAGGAGAUCUCUUCUACACAGCUAAUGAAUUGGUUAAUCACUGUCGGUCAAUUCUAUGCCUGUGUUGAAAAGAUUGAUAACAAUAAUUCAUCGUUUAAUAUAUCAGCAUUAUGUGAUGAUGAAUUUCCAACUAUGCUACCUAUAAUCACUAUAAAGAGUGGUAGUGGCAGUGGUAUUAGUGAGAAUUUGUUGAAUGAAAAGUCUGCUAUUGUAAUGCCAGCACUAUGCAAUGAAAAUGGAGGUAUACGUAAAGAGGCAAUAUUUCUUCCGCCAGAUACACUGACGACAAAUUUAACACCGUCAGCUUCAUCGACGUCAUCAUCAUCAUCAUCGUGGAAGGAGACAACUUUGAAGUUAGAAAUUGAAUUAUUUAAUUUCUUAUUAAACUGUAAAAGGAGGAAAUCCUCUGAUUCCUCUACCUCUUCCUCUACUCGUUUCUGUUUUUAUGUCAUAUCACCAAAAUAUUUUGAGAACUAUUCAUCAUCUGAUCCAAGGCGACAUCAACGAUGGCUGAAUCUUUUCUCUAAAGCCGGUGUUUCCACACUAUUUUCGAUACAUAAAGUUAAAUACCUUUAUCAAUCGUCGAAGAUACCAUCAUUGUCAACAUCAUCGUCAGAUGAAAAUACCUCCAACUUAUCGUCCUCGGGAGAUGUCACACCCUUACCGCCAAAUCAUCGAUUGUAUCGUUGUAUUCAUAAAUCUUUAUCAGAAAAAGGACUAACAUUCUUUGAAACGCCUAAUAAUAAUAAUAACUCGGAAAAUUCCAUGUGGUUAAUUGAAGAUUAUACUGCACCUGGUAUAGAACUGCUGUUGAAGUGUAUCUCUAUUACUAUGUUCUCUGCUACUGCUAGUGUAUCAGAUAAACAAUGCUCUAGACAAGCUGCUCAAUACUUGGCCUCUAUACUGCAUAAUGAUUGGUUGACAUAUGAAGCGUAUUCGUUUGCUUCGUACAAAUGCGUAGAUGCAAGAUUCAAUGCUAGUAAUAUGCCUGCAUAUCCACAUCAAAUGGUGUAUUCAUCUUCACAUUUACCUCAUACUACCAUCAUCAGUUCGAAUACCACUUAUCACUUAACCUAUUCAUCAUGGUUUCAUAAAUUAAGACAAACUGUAUGGUUGCCAGUUGAACAAGGACACACUGUCCAAUUCACCUCUUCGCCUUAUCAACUUCUCAAGCCUCCAACAGAUUCACAAAGAGUUUAUUCCCCGUCAGCAUUUUAUCAAUUAGAAUUGCAAAAUAAACAAUUGGCUAAAUUAUUUAAACAAAAUUCUUACAUCUGGUCCAUUGGUUCGCAUAUCGUAAAAAAAUCUUUAAAUUUUCAUUUUAUGAAAUCAAUUGGUUUAACAAAUAAUUUAGGAUGUUCUACAAUUCAAAAGUUAAUGAAACGUUUGGGUGAUAGAGCUAAAAAGGCGAAUUCAGCUUGUCCUGCUUGUUUAACACCAGAUAUUAUGCUGGAGAUUUAUCGUAUUGCUAUACAAUAUUAUCUACGUGAACAAUAUCAUUCUCUGAGUGCUGUUGAUUCAAACCUUGAAAAAUCUUUAAAUCAAUGGCUUCAAUCGAUAUUCGCUAAUCCUGCUUACCCAUGUAUCCUAAUUCAAUGUCCAAGAACACCAACACUAGUAGUAGCUAGUUCAACGAAAUCAACAUGUAAACGUCAACGUAAAACAACUAUCGUGGACUAUAGUCAGUUUAAUGAUGAAUCCAAUGAAAUCAGUAACGAUUGCCCUAUUUGUUGUAAUAGUGUUGUUGAAAAGGAGUCAUCAAACAAGUCAUCUUCACAGAAAAAGCGUACGCAUACUCAUGUAGAACAGAGAAGGCUUACACCUACCUAUCACUUAGUCGAUAUUGAUUCAGUUUGUUGGCAGCGUAUUGAUGCAGUGUCACUGUUUCCUGCUGUGUUGAAUGCAAACGAAGAAGGAAAAGAAAAAGGAGAAGAAGAAGCAGGCGAUAAUGAUGAAGCCGACGGAGAAGUUGAUUGUGAGGAGGAAGAUGAAUUCAAUCAUCAACACUGUUUACUUUCAUAUUCUACACCGCCUACGGGAGAAUCACGUCUAAAUGUUAAAACUGUGCAACAUCCACGUAUUUUUAGUCUAUCACAGUGUUAUGAUGAAACAUCUCGUCAUAUUUUUAUUGACCAACUUGGUUUACCAACAACUUCAUCAAUUGACGAAGUCCUUUCUUUACGACCCAAUCUACCAGCGUAUAACAAGGCGAAUGGAAACCAUAAAGAAAUUCAUGAAUUCGGUAAGAGAUUAGCCAAUUGGUAUGCUGCAUUAGAUUACUGUAUACAUGAAGAAUAUUGGUAUACUGAAAAGGAUAAAUGGCUUACUAGAAAUGUCAAUAAAUCGUCUGGAAGACGGGGAUUUGAAGAGUUGGCCGAAAGUCCUUUGGUGGCCUAUGUGAAACAAUUUCCAAUACUUUUGGAUUCAAUGGGUCACUGGCACAAACCCUGUGAUGUCGUUACAACUUCUCCAUUGAUGAUGGAAAGUCUAAAAUCAAAUAAACAUUCCACAAGUAGUAAAGGUCGUCAAUUAGGUGAAAGGAGGAUAAAUCUUUUUACUUGGUUCAAAGCAAUGCCUGCCUCUAUAAUACAUGAUUUUUGUCAAAGUAAUUCUUCACAGUAUAGAAUAAUGGCGUACAGUUUAUACUUAUUAAACGAGGAUUAUCCUCCGCUAAGAACAACGCCAUGUACAAGUUAUCAUGCACGAUAUAAUCAGUAUGCGUCAUCAUCAUCAUCAUCGUCAUCACCAUCAACAGAACAAUAUGAGGGGAAUACACGUAAUCUUUUAUUGAAUUUAUUUGGAUUACCGAUACUGGAUUAUACUACUGAAUUAUGUAUUCGACGUGAAGGUGAUUAUCAACUGUUAUCAAUAAGACAUAUUGAUCAUAAAUUUAUGAUACCUCAUCAAUUGAUGGAUAUAGUUUUCAAAAGUCUUCUUCGUCUUAUCCUGUUAUGGUGUUCAACAAAAUAUUCAGCAGGGAAUAAUGAAUAUUCUACAAGAAGUUCAAUAGAUCAAGAUAUGAUCAAUACAAUUGUUGAAUCUAACCAGAUUGAUGCAUAUAUAGUUGAACAUCUACAAAUCGGUUUAAAUUUCCCCCCGCCUUAUUUAAAUAACUUUCAAUGUUCAAGUGUCAUUAAACUGUGUACAAAACAUUCAAUGGUUUGUCUAUUGGAUGGUAAAUUAUUUCUUGACAAAAUAUUGGGUGAUAAAAUAUUGUCAAGGUUAUCAUCAUCAUCAUCUUCUGAUCUCUAUAACAAGCAUUCACCAUUAAUUUAUCUUCUACACGCUUCUAUAAAUGAUCCAGUGCUAAAGAAUCAUCGAAUGGCUAAAACAAAUAAUGACACUAUGCAUCAAUCGUUGAUAUAUCAAAUUAUUGAUUUUCUAUGUCCAUAUAAUGGAAACAAUAAAAUGAAUCUGAUACAAUUUCUACGAGGAUUUCUCAAUUUAGCUCUAUCAAUCCAUUCAAAUGUAUUAUAUGAAUAUAUAAAUAUGAAGACAUAUUCACAUUAUCAUCAACAGUUAGAGAGUUAUCUUCUAUCACAUGGUAUUAGACCAUCGAAAGUCCGGCAUGAGAUGAGUAUAUUAUAUCCUCCGCCACCUCCGCUUCCACCGGCUUCACGAGCUCCCCCACAGACGAUAACGCCACCAUCACCACCACAAUCACCUCCUGUGUCACUGUCAGCACCACUGCAGACACAACCAAAGCCAUCGUAUCCUCCUUCUACUCUUCCUUACUCAUGUGAAUAUACAUCUAGUAACACUGGAAUGAAGAUUCCAACAUUUGAAUCAUCUAGAAGUACAUCAUCGAAUAGUCUGCCUAUGAAAAGGAAGUACCCUACAUCAUCACAGCGUAUUGAUGAUGACUUCUGGCGUACUACUAUCGUACCACACUAUACUACUUAUAUCGAAAAAAAACGAAAAACAAAAGACUUGAAGAUUGUUUUAUCUGUGACGAGUGAAGUAGUAAAGUUAGCAAAUUUACUUACAAAAGCAAUUUCUUCUUCUUCCUUUGAUAUGACAAGCGCAACUGCAAAUCCUACUGCUACUACUACUACUACUAACAAUAAUAUUGUUCCAUAUGUACCUAAGGAAUCAUCUCAUCAUUUGCCAUUAAAACAAUCUCGAUAUGAAAAUAAUUCAGUUCAGCCAGUAUCUAAUGAAAAGUGUUUAAAGCAGGUGAUUAGUAGUAAAGGCUAUUGGACACGUUCAAAUUUCACUACUAUUGAACCAAUUGAAUCAAGUAGUAUUCAAUCAGUACCAAUUAAAACGAAUUCCGACAAUAGUAAAUAUUUUAGAAGGGAUGCAGAAUUAAAUAGACCGUUUACGCCAUCUGUUACGUCAUCUUUAGAUUCUCUUGACUUUAUUCCUCUACCGAAAGAAAUCCCACCAGCGAGGAGGUGUCUACAAUCUUCUGCUCCUUCCACAUCUUCCUUUUCGUCGUUUUGCAAGUCUAACUCGUCUACCGUCUCAACAUCUGCUAAUGAUAAUCCUGUUAUGGCAUUCUUUUCAUCUGGUGAAAAGUUGCCCUCAUACUUAACUACUCGUUUGAAUCGUAUUCUGCAUACCCGGGAGAGACGAGUGGAUAUUGGCCGAUUAGGUGAAUUAUACAUAUAUCAAGCACUAUCGCGUUUGAUAAAUUCACAUCCAAACAGUGAUAAGAGUAGCUCUGACUGCCUUCAAUUUCCUACUGGUCAUCCUCUAUUGGGUGAAGGACGUAUAGUCAAGUGUGAUUGGUUGAAUUCAGAGAAAGAAUCAUUUAAACCAUAUGAUUUAGUAGUGGAUGUUCAAGUUGAAUGCGAUGCUAAUCGAUGGGAUGAAAUGAUAAGAAAUUUACACCAAGAAUUAUCUACAAAUAUUGUUCGUAUUAUUCGUCAACCUUCCAGUGAUGAUCAAUAUUCAAGUAGAUGUAGCAAAGGCAUAUUAUCCGUUGGUCCUAUAUUCAUUGAAGUUAAAUCAACUAUUGAUUCUGCUAUUCAGCCUAUGAAUUCGCCAUCUCGUGUUGACCUCUUCGAGUUAUCCAUAUCUGAAUGUUUGUAUGCUGUUCAACACAACUGGCGUUAUCAUUUAUACCGUGUUGCAUGGAGAAAUGAUUGUAAGGAGAAUUUGUACAAUUCUACACCGAUUGUUAUUCAUAUACCAGAUUUAGUGAGUCAAUUAAAAAGAGGCAAACAAUUGUCGAAACUUCAAUUGUGUUUAGCUAUGUCAUAUAAAAAACAGUGAUGGCGGUGAUAGGUCAUCGUGAUGACUGACUGUAGUGAUGAGAAUAGUCAAACAAAAUUUAAAGAAGACUGAAUUCUAUUUAAGAUUUACUACUGUACUGCUGCAUUUCAAUUAGAG